AUGGCAGACCGGGAUGAAAUAGAGAUCGAGAGACAAGCCCUGCUGGAUGAUGAAUGCGAAGACAAAUUCCAAGACAGUGGCGGAGUGACUCCGACCGAUAAGUCAACGUCGCAUCCAUUCAAGAAAUGGAUGGACAGCUUUCGAGGACGGCGACAUGAAUCUCCAGUAUUUCAACGGCGAUACGUGGAAGGCUGGUCGGAUGAGUCGUCUCAUGGAUCCCAAGGUCACCAGUCAAGUGUAUCCGACUCGUCGCAGCUCGGGACCGUCCAAACAACCACAGCAAGCAUCGGAAGCCAGAGCUUGGUUCGAUCGAGGACCACCAUUCAGAGCGGAACAACUCAGAGUAUGCUGUCAGGUGCUCGCGGUUCUGGUGACAGCCUUCGGCCAAGCACGAGUCCCCAUAUCGAUGAGGCUGCAGAAAUGCGGGCCACCAGACGGCGUCAUAUUUUACAAGAGUUUCUUGCGACCGAGUCUGAUUAUGUACUUGGUUUGAAGGCUCUGAUCGGGGUCCUUACCAUCUUCAGCACAAGGCGUGAGAUCUAUGAUAAUGUCCAAGAGAUCCUUGGAAUACAUGAACGCUUUCUGGUCCAGCUCCAGGCAAUAUCUCCUUUGUCGGCGCCGCAAACUCAACAAGCGAUUGCCUCUGAGCUCACAUCGCGAGGAAUCACCAAGCGUCUUGGUACCAUUGAUCUAGGUAGCAUAAGAGGACUUCAGCAACGGUCUAUGAGGACCCGAACACUCAAGGCAUCAAUCAACAAGCGCCUUCAGGAACUCACAGCCGAACCAACAGAGGCAGCAGAAGUUGCACGUGAACUUGAAAAAUUGUCGCUUUCCUUCCCCAUAUAUGACCAAUUUUGCAGCAACUAUGAGCUUUUGACACAAGAUGUUGCUCUCUUGCGCCGGUCAAUUGCCAACUGGACGGUAUAUGACCGAGGAAUUGAGGCACUGUCCAAAUCGGUCGCGUCUACAGAGCGACGCAGACAAGAGGAUAACAAAUCAAUGACCUUGAAUGACUUACUGAUCAAGCCCAUCCAACGUCUUUGCAAAUACCCCCUUAUGCUACAAGACCUACUCCGAGCCACCACCGCCACUGAAUGCCCAUCUUCUCAUGAUGGGAUUCAACAAGCUUUGGAUAGUAUGCGGGUGCUGGUAACCCGAAUCAAUUUGGCAGCUGGGAAUCCCAUCAACAAAGACCGCAUUCACAAGACAAUAACACUCCAGAGUAAGGUAGACAUUUCAAAAUCGGGCAUAUAUAGAGACCUGGGACCAAUGGUCCUGUGCGGUGUUCUCCAUGUCACAUAUCAAACAACGGAAACAACCAGUGGAGAAUUCAUGGUUUGUGUGCUUUUCCAUCGCUAUCUUCUCUUCGCGAAGGGAGUUGAAGAUCUACAACGGUUAGAAGCAAUAGCCUGUAUCUACGUAGACAAUCUCAAGAUUGAUGCGCUUCAGAAUGGACGAGGGCUAUAUUGUGGUGGAUGUAUAUUUUCAUGGAAGAUUCAGUUUCAGGACCAAGAAGAGAAUUAUGAACUGAUUCUCAGUGCAUCAUCAGCAGUCGAAGAAAAGCAAUGGAACACCGAGAUCCUCAAAAUAUCUGCCGCUCUGGCUGAAACCGCGCAGCCUCGGACGUGGGAACCGAGAAAACAUUCCUUCUUGUCACUCCGACUGGUGCCUCUGGGACAUGUUAAAUAUACAGUGUCGUCAUUGGCCCGGAGAUCAUCAAUUUCCACAGCACUUUCACGCCAGUCCGACGUUCAACAUGUGGUGAUCAAGAAGACGCAUUACCCGCGUCACGCUGAAGAGCCGGCCAUGCAAGCUGAAGGCGAGAUUGAACAGCCUAAGGCGCCCAUUGAUCGCUCUGCAGUGGUAGUGACUGCUCGUCGAAUGGAGCGAAUCCGAUUGGAGCGAUUAAUUGCAGAUGUCUACACAGCAGACCUGCUUCCGAUGCCAGGGAUGGUCCUUGGAAGAGGUGAUAUUUUCCGGCGUGGCUCGAUCAUGAGACGGCUCAGCCUUCGCCCAGGGUUCACCAAACGGUCGAGCUCGGCCAGUAACCGUCGUUCAAUAACAGGAUCGACCGAAAUCAACCCCGACGAAGACGACAAUGGAGAGAACAAAUAUACAGCAGACAGUGGUGAGAUAGGGGAUGACAAGGAAGUCGAGGAUGAGUCGCCUCGAACGCCUACCACGCCCCGGCGUUCGAGAACAUUCCUAUUCAAAAACUCACCCAAGAAGCCCACAUCAUCGGUUUCCUCACCUCGCAGCGAGAAACAACAGAGCCAGGAUGGAAGUUCCGAAUCAUCUCCGUCCUCCAAGAAGUGGUCGUCCCCUAAAAAUCUGUUUAGUGCCUUGGCGCCCAAGAAGAUCAAAACGACCCGCUCCCAAGUCGAGUGA